CGAAAUCGGAAAAAUAAUAUCGACACACUGAAAUACUAGAUACAUUUUAAAUAUCUAUAGAUAAAUACAUUUUUGUUUUAACAAUCAACAAAUUAUACAACAUGUGAAUGGACAUUUUCUAUUCCAAAAAUAAGAAAUUCGAAUAAUUCUGUUGUUACUUAUAAAUUGCUAUUUUUACAAAAUCUAGUUUUAUAUAUUUAUUUAAAAUCGUUAAUUGAGAAGGAAUUAACAAAGUACGUUAAAUUGAACACCGUAGUCUUUUGUAUAGUCUAUUAAAAGACAUAAAACGAUACAAUCCAUCAAUAUGAAUGAAAAUAACCAUUAUCAAUAUGGCAUAAAAUCGACUUUAGCUCAGUGUUGGGCAAUAUCAGGAGUAUGGUUCUUGCAACUCCAACUCGGUGCACAAGUCAUGAUAUCCACCGUAGUUAUUGGGGCCUUAGAGAAUAACGCAUCCAAAGACGUAAACGAAUCUUUGAGUAUAACAAGCGAAGAAGCAUCUUGGUUCGCCAGUCUGUUAUAUUUGUUCACACCCGUGGGAAAUAUUCUAUCUUUGCUUUUACUGGACCGAUUUGGCCACAAGAAGUGUAUGAUACUGACAAACAUACCGAGCAUAAUAGCACAGGUCAUAUUGUACUUCGCCGAAAACGUAAAAAUACUGUACGCCAGCUCAAUCCUGAUGGCGUUAACUUUAGGGUUUUCCAACGCCCCGAGUCUCGCGUACGCCGGUGAAGUAUGCGAACCAAAACUUAGAGGCGCUUUGACUUCGGCACUAAACGUAUUUUACUAUGGUGGAUCCAUAAUUUUGACUAUGGUGUACAGUAUUACCAUGCAAUGGAGACAGACAGUGCUAUUGACCACGGUGUUUCCAAUUAUGACCAUUGCAAUAUUAUUAACGACACCAGAUUCUCCGAUGUGGUUAUUGGCCAAGGGAAAACAUUCAAAAGCACACCGAAACCUCAGCCGGUUGAGAGGAAAAGUUUCGUACGAAAAAUGUGAAAAUGAAUUUCAAGAAAUGGUCAGAUACAACUCGCCCUCGAACAAUGACGAACCGACAAGCUCAACAUGUCGUCACAAUUUUAUAGAUCAAAAAGAAAAUACAAAUGCUUGGAAACAUCUUUUCGAGCCUGAAGUCAUAAGAGCUUUUCGUUUGAUGACGAUAUAUUUUUUGUUCAUGAAUUUAUUGUCUGGUUUACCAUUAUUACCAUAUUUAGUAUCAAUACUUAAAGAAUUUGGCGCACCCGUGAACGUCGAAUGGACAAUAUCCUUCUCGAUGGCUCUUUCUAUAGUAGGAAGUUUAAUGGCAGUUUUUCUAAUACGUUCACUAGGCAAACGAUUUCUCACUUUGUUUACGUUAUCGAUUUGCUCCGUUUGCUAUAUAGCUAUCGGACUAAUCGGUGUUUAUUGGAAAAAUGCAGAACCAUUAAAAUCUUGGACAGUACUGGUACUUUUUCUUAUUACUAUUUUAAUUUCAUCAGUUGGAAUAACGCCAGUUUCAUGGACUCUUGUCACCGAAAUAUUUCCUGCAAAGAGUAGAAAUAUUUUAUGCAGUGUUUGCACGGGUGUCUGUUUUAUCAUUACUUUUUUCAUGACAAAAUAUUACCCGGAAUUGUCAAUAUUAGUGGAAUUUUAUAAUUUAUUUACUAUAGUUGGUAUUGUUGGUUUAUUUGGUUGUAUAUAUUUUUUUUUUUUUCUACCAGAAACCGAAAACAAAACUUUGCAAGAAAUCACGGAGUUCUUCAAAUAGAAUCAAACACUCAAUCGUUAUAAUGUUUUUUCAUUAUUACAAACUUGGUGAGUUUUGGAUACCAAUACUAAAAGGUAACCUAGUAAAAGUACCUACCUAUUUUUCCAUCAACGAGCGUUUAGCUUUUAAAGUAUAAAGCAUAGAAACUAGGACAACAUCUUAAAUUAUAAUUUAUAGCAUAGAAAGACUUUUCUAACACUCAUUAGUUUGAUCAUAUUAAUUUUACGAUAAAAUAUAUAAUUAUUAAUUGUUGAAUUUUUUUUUUUAAACUCAACAAAAAUAACCAUAUAUCAUCUAGCGAUAUAAAAAAAUCCUACAUUGCUAUUGAAAUAAAAAUAUUCAAUGAUAUUUGCCUUUUGGUCAUUAUAUAAUCCGAUCGUUCACAAAAUUGGCACAGCUAAUGAGAAAAUAUAAAUUAAUAUAUCGUUAAAUAACAUACUUUUUAAUAAACUAACAAUCUUACUGAUUAUCGUUGCAACGAGUAUCGAUGAAUUUCGGACGGAAAUAAUGAAGGUAUUCAAAUACAAUAUUAUGGGCUAUGGUACCUACAGUGCGCAAAAACAUAUAAUGAUAUUUAGAUAGAAAUAUUAUUCAGUGAAUAUUAUGUGAUAACAUCGAAAUUAAUACCGAACAAAUAUCUUUUUAAAUAUAAAACUAAGUGCAUUUUUGAUGUCCGGGAUAAUCUCGGAAACUACUGAACGGUUUUUUUUUUCAAUUUAAAGAACACAUUACAGAGCAAGCUGUAACUCCUGCUCACGGAAUAUUGCUUAAUGAUAUAUUAAUAUACCAAAGGUGAAAACUGUCAAAUAAAAUACAAUUUUAAAAAAUAUUGUAAAACAUUUUCCAUGGCAAAGUCGGCUAAUACAGCUAGAUGAACUCUCCAUUUUGUAUUAACUCAGUUACCUAAUUUUAAAAUAAUAAAUAUGAAAAUCUAUAAAAAAAAAUUUACGAUUUGUCAGUGAAGUAUGGUAACUGUACAGCUGAUAGUAACGUUAAUGUUUAUUUUUCGAUUGUAUACGAAAAUUUUUUAACAUUGUUUAUAUCUAAUAAUAUGUAAAUUUAUUUAUUUGUACAUAUUAUAAUUUAUACCUAAUAUAUUUUAUAUU